GACAACGUUGUUUGCUAUAUACACCGCCGGUGUGUCUUGUGUGUGUGACUGUGUGUGUGUGUGUGUGUGUAAAAUAAUUCUGGCGAAACCCUGAGCUGAAAUAUAUCGCAUGCUUCUGAAGUGGUUCAAGAUUCGUGACACCUUUUUAUAGACAUCAUCACUGGACCGAAAUAUAGAUAGCCUGUGGGCGGAGCUUGUUUGAUUGAAAAAUCCUCUCCGGAUUCCGCCUGCUCUAGCGGUGUUUCUACGAAGCACAGGAAGGUCAGUCCUCAGUGAUAUCAAGGGGACAAGGGAAAAACUGUGCUGCCUGCCCGGAAUGGAUAACGCUGCGACUGCUGAUGUCAUCAAUGAACCUUCCAGUGAUAGAGUCAUGGAGGAUGUUGGUUUAAUGUCCAGAAAACUGAACAGUGAAAACAGUGAGCCUGCAGAUAAUGUGGCCACUGCAUGUGAAAACUUCGACACUCUUUCACCUAGGGAUGGCACUCCCCAACUAAAUGGUGAUGAACAGAGCCAGAUUGAUGAUGAUGAAGUACAAAGUCUUUUUAUAGCUGAAGAUUCUGAGGAGGAUGAAGAUGAAGACGUAGAUGAAGAUGUGGAUGAAGAGGAUGAAGAAAUGCCAGAACUUUUAGACUCAGAUGGUGCUGGGAUUCAAACAGCUACAAAGGAUGAUGGUACUACUGGAGAAACAUCAGAUGAGGAAGCACCUCCAGGACUCAUUCUUAGCCAUGGUUCAAUAAUGAAGCAGGAAGGCAAGAAUGUGGACAGUCUCUCAGGUGUAGUUGAAAAUGAACAGUUAGAAGAUGAUUUACAGAGUCUUACUGACAAAGGAGACCAAAACCAAAACAUUAAACUGCAAGGAACUCCAUCAGCAGCUCUAAGAAGAUCCAGCAGGACUAAAUUACCCAUCAGCCCAUCUCCAAACGACGUGUCACUUUCCGCAGGACGUACCACGCGAUCACAGAUCAAUCCUGACAUAAUCGCAAAGCAAAAGUCUUUCAUGCAUAAAUACCAAAUUGCUGUCAAAAGCUCUAUGGACUCGUAUGUUCGAAGUGCAACUAGCGAAGUUGAACAGGUUAAAGUGGAAACACAAGCCACAAAGCGCAAAUGGGAGGAUACAGGAGGGACAGAUGCCGUGCAUUCUCCUCAUAGUUCUCCAAUUCAAGAGAAAAGAAACAAAAAAUCAAUAACAAGCACUCCAUCAACAGCAAGUACCCCAUCGACCAAAGUUGGUAGCCAUUUCAUGGAAUUGCAAAGCAAGACAUUUACGCGCCAUGACACUUUUUGCUGGGUGUGUCAUAUGGAUGGCCAGGUAUUGGAAUGCAGACAGUGCCCGCGUGUGUUUCAUCAACGAUGCGUUCAACUUCAGUCCCCAAUUCCGACUGAUUGGACAUGUACGGAAUGUUGCUCUGUUCGCAAUGCCGAAAAACAUAACCAUCUCGAGAUGGACCAGUUAACUGAAAUGCUCAACUUCGCUAUGGAGCGAAUCAAGUCGGUGGCUGACGCGCAACCUUUCUUUAAACCUGUUGACACGGAAGAAUUCCCGCACUACACCGAGUAUAUUGUUAGUCCGGUGGAUAUCAGCCAGCUGGAGGAGAAGAUUGUUCAAAGAUCUUACACUUCCACUAGAGCUUUCCUGGCUGAUUUCCGCUGGAUCUUGCACAAUUGCAUAAUCUUUAAUUCGUCUCACUCAAAAUUGACUAGCACGGCAAGAACGUUGAUGAAGGUGUGUAAACAUGAAAUGGCUGAGAUUGAUACUUGUGCCGAUUGCUAUGUGCAUGCUCACACCAAACGAGAAACCUGGUUCCUGGAACCGUGUCAAAGGCCUCAUUUACUGCUCUGGGCCAAACUCAAAGGGUUUCCUCAUUGGCCGGCUAAAGCGAUGAAAGCAAAUAAAGAAGGCAAUGUGGACGUGCGCUUUUUCGGUGCACACGAUCGAGCUUGGGUGCCCGCCAAAGAUUGUUUUUUGUACAGCCGCGAAAUGCCUAUGCAGUUAAAAAAUCAGCGCAAAGCAAAUUUGAUUGCUUCAGUUGAAGAAGUUGACCAACACAUCAAAAAGCUUGUUGAGCGCUACGGUUCUUUCGCUUACCCCUCGCCACGUACGGCUUACAACCCAAAUAAGGAGGACGAGCAAUUACAACAACUUAUUCCUGGUUAUAAAGUAUCAGAACACUCACAAAGCUCACUAUGCAAGUCUGACCGAGUUGGGGAGUCUGGUGAAGCGGAAUCGAUGAAUUCUGAUUCAGAUGCAGGAGAUGCUGCCGAUAACGACCUGAUUCCUCAAGCCAACCUGCCUGAAGGUGAUCGUACAGAAGAAAAUCGUUCUGAAGGUCGAAACUUCUUGGCCAUGUUACAACUUGCACCUCGAACUGCCGCCGAAGCUGCCACGCCAAGAACAGCUACUCCCACUUCAACAUCCGCAUCACCGACCCCGAGUCAGAAUAUGGCUCCUGUUUCAGUCUCUAAACAACCAACGCCCAAUACGACAUCGACUGCUGCCGUAAAAGUACAGGUUAAAAAUAGCAAAACUGGACGUGUUGCCAACACUAAAACGAAUUGCGGCGAAACAGUUGAAGAUGUGCUCACCAAAAAUGCAGGUGCGCCUACGAACGAUAGCAGUAUCAAUGAAGCUGCUUGUGAAAUCAUCAGAUUAACCAAACCUCAACUAGCUUCGCCAUCACGAAGAUCCUCGACAUCGAAAGAGAUCCCUGCUGUGAAAACGGAACCUGCAGAUCCUGAAGACGAAGAUGAUUCCUGUUCCGUGACGGGAUCCAAGGCUUGUUCAAUUUCCCUAGCCAUCGAUAACGUUGUCGGAAACUACAAGCCUACAGUGGUUGUGAAACCCAAACCUGAAGCAUCAACGAAAUCUACUCCAAAGUCUGUCGGCAAACCUACCUCUUCCAAACCAUCGGGUUCUAAACCAUCGACUCAAAAGCUCCUGGCCAGAUCCACACCUAAGACUACUCCAAAUCGACCUUCGGGUGGGAAAAUUAUUUCUGCCUCGAAAAUGAAUGCUAAGGCGAAUCGUCGUCUGGUUGGUGAUGACGAGGAUGAAGAUCUCGACCCGGCAAUGUACCUGGAUCCCACGAUCACAAUAACUCUGAUUAAUAACGAUGAGAAGAAAGCAGUGAGCAAACACGUCAAUGAUGUUUCGAGUGCUAGUUCUAUUAGUUCCAGCGACCUUCAGGCCCUGAAUGCUCUUGGAGAGAAUGUGUCCAUCACAGUUGUGCCUAAAAGAAAAGUGGGAUCAACACCAGCAGGUGGUGCUAGAUCUAAGGAGAACGAGGCUGUAGACCAACCUAUGGUGAUCGAAGUGGAUCCAGCCGCUCUUCAAAAAGCUAGACUACCGACUCAACCCGCUAAAGCGCGCAAGUCCUUUCCGGCAAAAGCACGCCAAUUUGGCCAUUCAGGACAAUCUUCAUCGCAAAAAUCCUCUCAGAAACAUCCCGUCCCUCCUAUGGUGUCGAUUCCCAGUCGUCACUUGGGUAUGGAGAUCGCCCGACCAACAACUCAGCAAUCGACUUCAACUCGCAUUCCUUCAAUUACCGUCCGACCUGUGACGCAGAUGCCUGCAGCCCAACCUAGCAUCAUUCUUCAGCCAGGUUCUUCUGAUACAGCCUCCAUCAGUGCGAUUACUGCUGCCAUGAAACAACCGAAUUCAACAUCAGCGACGACAGCCAAUAGUACCGGCAGUAGUACUCUUACUCUGAACACGAUGCAUACUGUUGGUCCGGAAUCGGGAUUUGGGACUGGCGGACUUUUGCUCACCUUUAAUCGCUCUGCGCCCACGUUUGCAGCAACAGGUGCGAAUUCCACUUCGUCUUCAGCUCAGGUGCAAAACAAAGCUGAAUGUGGACCGCUUACCGCCCAGUUGGCCUCCAGGACACAGCAAAUUUCAGAUAUGGUCCGCAACACCUUGGAGACAUUGAUGCAAGAAAUGAGUUCUGCUGGGAAUUUGGAAGCCACAAUUGUUCAAUUACAAAUGGACUUAGAACGAUGUCGCUCGUCACACCAGCAAGAAAUUUUGGAAAUGAAGAAAACCCUGGAAACUCAGCAAACUUCUGCGGAAUCGGAAAAACAGCGAGCUUUGGCGGAACUUCGUCGGCAACUGGAGACUGACAAACAGAAGGCGAUCGAUGAAAUCAAGAAGAAACAGUGGUGCGCUCAUUGCAGUCAAGAAGCCAUUUUUUAUUGUUGCUGGAAUACAGCCUACUGCGACUAUCCAUGUCAGCAAGCUCACUGGCCUAAACACAUGAAUACUUGUGCCAACGCUAAUCAGAAUACGGAAACUGAAGCCACAGAAGCAGAAGAGUGCAGUAGUCCAAUAGAAUCGGCCAAAACAACCACUCCACAGAAGUCAAUACCGAUUGUCAACGGGUCUCCAAGCCAAAGUAAAAAGGUCACUUCUAUAGUCAAGACAAUCCAGCCCGUUUCUUCUCCUACCGAUAUGGGCUAUACCGUUUUGACUUCCUCGGAUAUGUCGUUAACUCCGUCUCCGAGUAACACAGUGGCACUACGUGUUCAUCCCAUCACUGGAGCCCAGUCGAUGAUCCAAACCAUUGCUGCACCGAUUGCCCUAUUGGUCACUAAUCCAGUGGCUCCUCCAAUUGAAUUGACACAACCUAUCCUGACUUCUGCAGUCACACUAUCGCUACCAGCUGUUAACCAAGAGUGUCAAGAACCAGGAAGCGAGUGACACUAAUAAAAAAGGACCUUAAAAACAGGCAAUCGUAUGAAUUUAUAUUUUAUGUUUUAAGAAAUUCUACGCCUAGUUUUACCAUAUUGUAUACAUCAGCAAAUGUGGUAAUCUCUACUCGUUUGAAUUCUAAAUAAUUGUGAAGCUCCGAACGAAGCCUCUUAAACGAUGUCCACAGGAUGCUCAUUGAAUAUGUAUGUACAAUCUACAAUCAUCGUGUAUAACAGUGUCCGCUUUAUAAAAAUGAUUUGCUACCGUAUGACAUCGUUACUCAAGAGAUAUCAUGCUAUAUGCCGUUUUGCUUUCUAAUUUUUUCAACACAGAUUUUGCUGAAUAAAGCUAUUUUGGCUUUUA